AUGAGCAGGUCUCGAGCGUCCAUCCAUCGGGGGAGCAUCCCCGCGAUGUCCUAUGCCCCCUUCAGAGAUGUACGGGGACCCCCUAUGCACCGAACCCAAUACGUUCAUUCCCCGUAUGAUCGUCCUGGUUGGAACCCUCGGUUCUGCAUCAUCUCGGGGAACCAGCUGCUCAUGCUGGAUGAGGAUGAGAUACACCCCCUUCUGAUCCGGGACCGGAGGAGCGAGUCCAGCCGCAACAAACUGCUGAGACGCACGGUCUCCGUGCCAGUGGAGGGGCGGCCCCACGGCGAGCAUGAAUACCACUUGGGUCGCUCGAGGAGGAAGAGUGUCCCAGGGGGGAAGCAGUACAGCAUGGAGGCCGCCCCCGCUGCACCCUUCCGGCCCUCGCAAGGCUUCCUGAGCCGGCGGCUAAAAAGCUCCAUCAAACGCACCAAGUCACAACCCAAACUUGACCGGACCAGCAGCUUUCGCCAGAUCCUGCCUCGCUUCCGAAGUGCUGACCAUGACAGGGCCCGGCUGAUGCAAAGCUUUAAGGAGUCUCACUCCCAUGAAUCCCUGCUGAGUCCAAGCAGUGCAGCUGAAGCCUUGGAGCUUAACUUGGAUGAAGAUUCUAUUAUCAAGCCAGUGCACAGCUCUAUUCUGGGCCAGGAGUUCUGUUUUGAGGUGACAACAUCAUCUGGAACAAAAUGCUUUGCCUGUCGGUCUGCAGCUGAGAGGGACAAAUGGAUCGAGAAUCUACAACGCGCAGUAAAACCCAACAAGGACAACAGCCGCCGGGUAGAUAAUGUGCUGAAACUAUGGAUCAUAGAGGCCCGAGAACUGCCCCCCAAGAAGCGCUACUACUGUGAGCUCUGCCUGGAUGACAUGCUAUAUGCACGCACCACCUCCAAGCCUCGCUCAGCCUCGGGGGACACCGUCUUCUGGGGCGAGCACUUUGAGUUUAACAACCUGCCGGCUGUCCGUGCCCUGCGGCUGCAUCUAUAUCGUGACUCAGACAAAAAGCGCAAGAAGGACAAGGCGGGCUAUGUGGGCCUGGUGACUGUGCCAGUGGCCACCCUGGCUGGGCGCCACUUCACAGAGCAGUGGUACCCUGUGACCCUACCAACAGGCAGUGGGGGAUCUGGGGGCAUGGGGUCAGGAGGGGGAGGGGGUUCCGGGAGUGGCUCAGGGGGCAAGGGUAAAGGAGGUUGUCCGGCGGUGAGGCUGAAGGCACGUUACCAGACAAUGAGCAUCCUGCCCAUGGAGUUGUAUAAAGAGUUUGCAGAGUAUGUCACCAACCAUUAUCGGAUGCUGUGUGCAGUAUUAGAGCCCGCCCUGAAUGUCAAGGGCAAGGAAGAGGUUGCCAGUGCACUGGUUCAUAUCCUGCAGAGUACAGGCAAGGCCAAGGACUUCCUUUCAGACAUGGCCAUGUCAGAGGUAGACCGGUUCAUGGAACGAGAGCACCUCAUAUUCCGCGAGAACACGCUCGCCACUAAAGCCAUAGAAGAGUAUAUGAGACUGAUUGGUCAGAAAUACCUCAAGGAUGCCAUUGGGGAGUUCAUCCGUGCGCUGUAUGAAUCCGAGGAGAACUGCGAAGUAGAUCCCAUCAAGUGUACCGCAUCCAGUUUGGCAGAGCACCAGGCCAACCUGCGAAUGUGCUGUGAGUUGGCCUUGUGCAAGGUGGUCAACUCCCAUUGCGUGUUCCCGAGGGAGCUGAAGGAGGUGUUUGCAUCUUGGAGAUUGCGCUGUGCAGAGCGGGGCCGGGAGGACAUCGCGGACAGACUCAUCAGCGCCUCGCUCUUCCUGCGCUUCCUCUGCCCAGCCAUUAUGUCGCCCAGUCUCUUUGGGCUCAUGCAGGAGUACCCAGAUGAGCAGACCUCACGAACCCUCACCCUCAUCGCCAAGGUCAUCCAGAACCUGGCCAACUUUUCCAAGUUUACCUCAAAGGAGGACUUUCUGGGUUUCAUGAAUGAGUUUCUGGAGCUGGAGUGGGGUUCCAUGCAGCAGUUCCUGUACGAGAUCUCCAACCUGGACACGUUGACCAACAGCAGUAGCUUUGAGGGCUACAUUGACUUGGGCCGCGAGCUCUCCACACUGCAUGCCCUACUUUGGGAGGUGCUGCCCCAGCUCAGCAAGGAAGCCCUCCUGAAGCUGGGCCCACUACCCCGGCUCCUCAAUGAUAUCAGCACAGCCCUGAGGAACCCCAACAUCCAAAGGCAGCCGAGCCGCCAGAGUGAGCGGCCCCGGCCUCAGCCUGUGGUGCUGCGGGGGCCAUCGGCAGAGAUGCAGGGCUACAUGAUGCGGGACCUCAACAGCUCCAUCGACCUUCAGUCCUUCAUGGCACGAGGCCUCAACAGCUCUAUGGACAUGGCUCGCCUCCCCUCCCCCACCAAGGAAAAACCUCCCCCACCGCCACCUGGUGGGGGUAAAGACCUGUUCUAUGUGAGCAGGCCGCCACUGGCCCGGUCCUCACCAGCAUAUUGCACAAGCAGCUCGGACAUCACAGAGCCAGAGCAGAAGAUGCUGAGUGUCAAUAAGAGUGUGUCCAUGCUGGACCUGCAAGGUGAUGGGCCUGGUGGCCGCCUCAACAGCAGUAGCGUUUCCAACCUGGCAGCUGUUGGAGACCUGUUGCAUUCAAGCCAGGCCUCACUGACAGCGGCCUUGGGGCUUCGGCCUGCACCUGCUGGACGCCUCUCCCAGGGGAGUGGCUCAUCCAUCACGGCAGCUGGCAUGCGCCUCAGCCAGAUGGGUGUCACCACGGACGGUGUCCCUGCCCAGCAACUGCGCAUCCCCCUCUCCUUCCAGAACCCUCUCUUCCAUAUGGCUGCUGAUGGGCCAGGACCCCCAGGGGGCCACGGAGGGGGUGGCGGCCACGGCCCACCCUCAUCGCAUCAUCAUCAUCACCACCACCAUCACCACCGAGGUGGAGAGCCCCCAGGGGACACCUUUGCCCCAUUCCAUGGCUAUAGCAAGAGUGAGGACCUCUCCUCCGGGGUCCCCAAGCCCCCCGCCGCCUCCAUCCUUCACAGCCACAGUUACAGUGAUGAGUUUGGACCCUCUGGCACUGACUUCACCCGUCGGCAGCUCUCACUCCAGGACAACCUGCAGCAUAUGCUGUCCCCUCCCCAGAUCACUAUCGGUCCCCAGAGGCCAGCUCCCUCAGGGCCCGGAGGUGGGAGUGGUGGGGGCAGUGGUGGGGGUGGCGGGGGCCAGCCGCCUCCCUUGCAGAGGGGCAAGUCUCAGCAGUUGACGGUCAGCGCUGCCCAGAAACCCCGGCCAUCCAGCGGGAACCUAUUGCAGUCCCCAGAGCCGAGUUACGGCCCCUCCCGUCCACGGCAACAGAGCCUCAGCAAGGAGGGCAGCAUUGGGGGCAGCGGGGGCAGCGGUGGCGGAGGGGGUGGGGGGCUCAAGCCCUCCAUCACCAAGCAGCAUUCUCAGACGCCAUCCACGCUGAACCCCACGAUGCCAGCCUCUGAACGAACUGUGGCUUGGGUCUCCAAUAUGCCUCACCUGUCGGCGGACAUUGAGAGCGCCCACAUUGAACGGGAAGAGUACAAGCUCAAGGAGUACUCGAAAUCCAUGGAUGAGAGCCGGCUAGAUAGGGUGAAGGAGUACGAGGAGGAGAUCCACUCACUGAAGGAGCGGCUCCACAUGUCCAAUCGGAAGCUGGAAGAGUAUGAGCGGAGGCUGCUGUCUCAGGAAGAACAAACCAGCAAAAUCCUGAUGCAGUAUCAAGCCCGACUGGAGCAAAGUGAGAAGCGGCUGAGGCAGCAGCAAGUGGAAAAGGACUCACAGAUCAAGAGCAUCAUUGGCAGGCUGAUGCUGGUGGAGGAGGAGCUGCGCCGGGACCACCCCGCCAUGGCUGAGCCGCUGCCUGAACCCAAGAAGAGGCUGCUCGACGCUCAGGAGAGGCAGCUUCCCCCCUUGGGUCCAACAAACCCGCGUGUGACGCUGGCCCCACCUUGGAAUGGCCUGGCCCCCCCAGCCCCGCCCCCCCCACCCCGGCUGCAGAUCACGGAGAACGGCGAGUUCCGAAACACCGCAGACCACUAGCCCACCCAGCAUCACAGACCUUCUUCUCCUUCCCUGUGCACCCCAUCCUGGAACAGCACCAAUUACCAGGACUGGACACCACUGAGGGACAGCGGGAUUGCCUCCCUGAAUGCCUCCUCGAGGGACACCAAUCCCUCCCACCCCCCACUGCACCAUUUCCAGGAGGGAGAGUGGGGACCCUCAGCCGCCCUCUUUUCCUUCCUGUCGGGUGCUGUCCCCUGACCCCCAGGGACCCUUGCCCUAGGAUACCACCUACCCCACACAGACCCCUUCACUCUGGGGUGCUAUCCCCAUCCUCUGCCUCAUUGUUCCCCUGAGCACUGGGGGACAGACCCUCACUCCCACCCUGGGGGUGUGGCACCUCCAAACUUUCAACUUCAGGGUGAUUUUUUUAGCAGUAACCAGAGCUGACAAUCUUAACUCCCCUCCACCGCCCCAUUUUGGCCUCCCCUGCCCCCCUUGUUAUGGGGAGGGGACCCCGGGUGAGGGGACCCUAUUACCCCUUGAUUUCUCAGGAGCGUCUGGGGGGGGCUCAGCACGCACAAACUCCUUCUCCUACCACUCUUAAAUUUACUCCCUCCCCA